UUUGUAGUGAAAACAAAACGAUCCCGGAUUGUUUGUGGCGUCGUUAGUUAUCUUCUGGACGCUUGGAUCGCGAAACGUGCUCUGGUUUUAAUCGGUAGAGUCGACAUCAAUAUGCUCUGGGAAUUCUUGGGGUUGUUUGCCAUCGCCUGCGGUUUGUUCUACCGCUGGGCAUCUGCAAACAAUGACUUUUUCAAAAACAAGAAUAUACCUUUUGCAAAGCCCACUCUAUAUUUUGGCAAUAUGGGCCAAAUGUUUUUCAAAAAGAAAUCCAUGUUCGAUAUAGUCUGUGAGCUCUACAACCAAGGAGGCUCUAACAAGGUUUUUGGAAUCUUCGAGCAACGGCAACCCCUAUUAAUGGUUCGAGACCCUGAUCUUAUAAAGCAAAUCACCAUCAAGGACUUCGAUCACUUUAUCAACCAUCGAAAUGUGUUCGCCACCUCCAGUGACGAUGAUCCCCACGAUAUGAGUAAUCUUUUUGGUAGCUCGCUGUUCUCUAUGCGGGAUGCCCGGUGGAAGGAUAUGCGCAGCACUCUGAGUCCUGCUUUCACAGGCAGCAAAAUGCGUCAGAUGUUCUCGCUGAUGAAUCAAGUAGCCAAAGAGGCCGUUGACUGUUUAAAGCGCGAUGAAAAAAUUGAGGAGGGGAUUGAGUUGGACUUGAAAGACUACUGUACAAGAUUCACCAAUGAUGUGAUCGCCUCGACAGCCUUUGGUCUUCAGGUGAAUUCUUUCAAGGAGCGCGAAAACACCUUCUAUAUGAUGGGGAAAAAGUUGACAACAUUUACCUUUGCCCAGAACAUUAAGUUCUUGGUAUUCUUUACUUUAAAAAGGCUUAAUAAGAUUUUGAAAAUCGAACUUUUCGACAAAAAGAGCACUCAGUACUUUGUUCGACUGGUCCUAGAUGCUAUGAAGUACCGACAGGAGCACAACAUUAUCCGUCCAGAUAUGAUAAAUAUGUUGAUGGAGGCUCAGGGUAUCUUCCAAACUGAGAAGACUAAAACGACCCCCGUUCGAGAGUGGAGCGAUCGAGAUAUUGUGGCCCAGUGCUUUGUGUUUUUCUUCGCCGGAUUUGAGACCUCGGCGGUGCUUAUGUGUUUCGCCGCCCAUGAGCUGAUGGAGAACGAGGAUGUGCAGCAGAAGCUGUUCGAGGAGGUGCAGCAGGUGGAUCAGGAGCUCGAUGGCAAGGAACUGACCUAUGAGGCCAUCAUGGGCAUGAAGUAUUUGGAUCAGGUGGUCCAGGAAGUUCUCCGAAAAUGGCCGGCAGCUAUUGCUGUUGAUAGGGAGUGCAAUCAGGAUAUCACCUAUGAGGUAGAUGGCCAGAGCGUGGAAAUAAAGAAGGGCGAUGUCAUCUGGUUGCCCACCUGUGGCUUCCACCGUGAUCCCCAGUACUUUGAGAAUCCCAAAAAGUUUGAUCCGGAGCGUUUUAGUGACGAAAACAAGGCAAAUAUUCAGCCUUUCACAUACUAUCCUUUUGGACUUGGCCCACGGAAUUGCAUAGGAUCACGUUUCGCUCUUUUGGAGGCAAAGGCUGUCAUUUACUAUCUUCUUAAGAACUACCGCUUCGUCCCUGCCAAAAAGUCUUGUAUUCCACUUGAGCUCUCCAGCAGUGGAUUUCAAUUGGUACCCAAAGGUGGAUUUUGGCUCAAGCUUGUGCCGCGUAAUUGAUUUUGUAAAACUGUUAAAUGUUUAUUGAUAAUUUUAAAUGUGAUUUAUUAAAGAUUUAAUUCAGCCAAUACGAUUUUGUAUGGUUUUCAUACCAAUUAAGUUGUUUAUGGUUAGCAUUAAACCUGGUAUCAUUUAAUG